AUGUUUGCCUCGAUUUCACUUCUUUCUCUCUCUCUUACUCUUAUCUCAGGCAGCUAUGCAUCUCCUGAAGGUAUUUGUAAUGGGGCUUCUGAAACACUUGGCUCACCUAUUACCCUUGUUACUGUUCUGCCAACUAAGGUCAUUUCAUCGCCACCUGAUGCCCAAUGCCCAGUAACUUAUACCACAAUUGUCUCCAGUCUGGGUUCUGACGCCGCUGGCACUCCUACUGGUUUUUCCGAUCAUACGUAUACCAUGACCUUCAACUGCCAAGGGUCAGAGAAUUCCCCAUGCUCCGUGCCUUGGAGCCCUGAGGUUUGCCCCCCAGGGUUCAUGAUAACUACAACGGUCUGCAAGAAGUGCGCCGGGGGGGCAGUCACGUACACCCUGACCGUACCCGAGCAGGCAGCCAUCACAGGGCAGCCGUCCAAAGGCUCGCAAGGUUCCGAGAAUUCUCCAUCUCCAGGAGAGAGUGGAAAGCCCAGCAGCGCUGAAGCUCAGGCUACAGAGGCGGUUGGAAGUAAUCCUUCGGGUCCGAAUGCCAAAGGUGGAGAGGGUGGCGGCAACGCAAGUGGAUCUGGUCAAUCGAGCCCCAGCAAAGCUACCGUGACUUCAGGGAGUUUGUCUGUCAAUGGUCACGUUACGAGACUGGUCCAGGUCUUGAUUCUUACCACGGUCUUCAUGGGUACCAUGAUGUGA